AUCCUCUUCCUUCUUCGGCCUCUCUAGACCCGCUUGAAUUUUCUCCUUUUCUUCUGCGGUUUUGGUUUUGUGGUAAGAAAAAAAAGGAGUUAUUUGGGGGAAAAGUGCGCAACUUUUGGGGAGCAAAUUUGGAUGGGGCCUCCCCAGAAAAUUAUAAUAUCAACAAUUGGGCUGGAGCCAUGGAGGGAUCCAAAGAAAAUCCUCUCUCUCUCUCUUUCUCUCGCUCUCCCUGUUACUGUCUCUCUUCGUUUGAGAUCUUGUCGUGCUCACUGUGAAGUGAAAGGGAAAGAAAAGAAAAGAAAAGAAAAGGGAAAGGAUGAUGGAGAAGCAAAAAGGAUGAAAGGAGAAAAGGGCAGAGAAAAAACACUAUUAAAUAGUGCCUCGCAUUUUCACUGCUGGAUGGAUACUGCAGGUUACAGAUAUUUAUUUAUGGGUUUCUCUCUCUCUCUCUCUCUUAAAGAGCAGUACCGAGGCUGGCAAAUUUGGGGUUUUGAUUUAACAUUUUACCAACUAAUGAGGAGGACGGACGUGGUGGGAAUUUAUGUAAUUAGGGCAUGAAAAUCUGCAAGCUCCAUCUUUGUUGGUAGAUUAUUACUCUUUUGCAGAUGAGUGUGAAUAGGUCUAAAAGUGUGAAGUACAGAGAUGAUUAUGCAAAAAGAUACUCUUCUCCUUGAGGGUGAAUUUAUUGAAUGCUCGUCAAGUUUCCGUACCUGAGAGAAAGUAUGGGAUGGGGUGACCAUGCUGGGCGAAUGUAAAAUAAAGAAAGGGGGUCUGACCAUAUUUGGGCCUUUGUUUUUAAGCUCUUGGAUACUUGGACAAUAUCAAUUAAUAAUCGCAAGUAGGACUGAAAGAUGGAUGGAGGUAGAUUGGAUUUAAGAUUUCAUCAAUCUGGAUCCACGCCAUCAGAAGAAUCAGCUCUGGAUUUGGACAAAAACUACUGUAACAAAACCAAUCUACCAUCAUCAUCCAGUCCACCAUCACCCCAAGCUUUUGCAUCAAGUAAUCAGCACUCUGAAAGCAAUGCUGCCUACUUCUCGUGGCCCACUUCCAGCCGAUUAAUUGAUGCAGCUGAAGAUAGGGCAAAUUACUUUGGUAACCUUCAGAAGGGAGUUUUACCUGAAACUCUUGGACGACUGCCUUCAGGGCUGCAAGCAACCACCUUGCUUGAACUGAUGACCAUUAGGGCAUUUCACAGUAAGAACUUGCGUCGUUUCAGUCUUGGCACAGCAAUUGGAUUUCGGAUUCGUCGAGGAUUCUUAACUGAUAUACCUGCUAUCCUUGUCUUUGUUGCUCGGAAGGUUCACAGACAAUGGCUCAAUCAUAUACAAUGCUUGCCGGCUUAUCUCGAGGGCCCUGGUGGCGUGUGGUGUGAUGUUGAUGUUGUAGAAUUCUCUUACUUUGGCGCACCUGCUGCAACACCAAAAGAACAAUUGUAUAAUGAGCUUGUAGAUGGUUUGCGGGGAAGUGAUCCAUACAUUGGUUCUGGUUCCCAGGUUGCAAGCCAAGAAACAUGUGGAACCUUGGGUGCUAUUGUCAAGAGCCGAACAGGAAAUCGGCAGUUGGGCUUUCUUACAAAUCGCCAUGUGGCCGUUGAUUUGGAUUACCCAAACCAGAAAAUGUUUCAUCCCCUGCCACCAAGCCUUGGACCUGGGGUUUAUCUUGGUGCUGUGGAAAGAGCCACAUCAUUCAUAACAGAUGAUCUUUGGUAUGGUAUCUUUGCCGGGGCAAACCCAGAAACUUUUGUUCGAGCUGAUGGGGCCUUCAUUCCUUUCUCUGAAGAUUUUGACAUGUCGAAUGUGACCACAUCAGUUAAGGGAAUAGGUGCAAUUGGUGAGGUUAAUGUGAUCGAUUUGCAGUCUCCAAUUAACAGCCUAAUUGGCAGGCAAGUUUUAAAAGUUGGAAGAAGCUCUGGCUUGACUACAGGGACUAUAAUGGCUUAUGCCCUGGAGUACAAUGAUGAGAAAGGGAUUUGUUUCUUUACUGAUUUUCUAGUUGUUGGGGAGAAUCAACAGACCUUUGACCUUGAAGGUGAUAGUGGAAGCCUGAUUCUCUUAACAGGUCAAAAUCAGGAGAAACCGCGGCCAGUUGGGAUCAUUUGGGGUGGGACAGCUAAUCGAGGUCGGUUGAAAUUAAGAGUUGGGCAACCUCCCGAGAAUUGGACUAGUGGAGUUGAUCUGGGGCGUCUUCUUGACCUCCUUGAGCUUGAUCUGAUUACAAACAACGAAGGACUUCAAGCUGCACUGCUAGAUCAAAGAAAUGCUUCUGCAGUGGGCAUGGAUUCUACCGUGGGGGAAUCAUCUCCCCCUGACCGGGUCCAACUGAAAGUUAAAGCUGAGAACCAUGAACCUCUUGGGUUACACAUCCAGCAACUUCCUACUGAAGGUGAAUCUCAUCAGAGGCUAACCACACCAUUCAUGCACGAUGAGUUUCGUAUUGAAGGUGGUAUUGAGGCAGCUCCCAGUGUAGAGCACCAGUUCCUUCCAUGUUCUGGAAGAACUCUGGCUCAGGAAAACAAUCAAUCGGGACAUUCAGAAACAAGAACCCUUGCAGCAUUGAGGAACAGAUCCACUGAGGAUCCUUUGGUUUUCUUGCAGCUGGGCGAGCCAGAUCCAAAGAGAAGGCGACAGUUUGAUUCUCCAUUACGCAUCAGAAGCCCAGAACGAAGCAAAUGAGAACCAACUCAUAUUUUGCUCGCCGUGAUUCUUUUGCAAAAGUGCCUUCACUGGGAUGCUUCACAUUCUGGUCCAAAUUCCGGUGCCUGCAGACACUUAGAAUUGCAUCUUGAAGUUCCAGCUUCCGGGUUACGGAGGCGAAUCCAGAUCAUGCCUCCCACGAGAUUAUAAUACUACCUUUGCUGCUUAUAUUUUGUUCAAGUUUACAACCAUAGGUUACAUAUGUGGUUUAUACGAUAUUUAAGGGAAAAUAUGUCUUAGGAGGGUAACUGUAUAUUGUUCUUUAUCUGAUUUGUAAUUUUGUACCAUUUUGUCCAAGACAUUUGUAUCAUUAUAGGGUUAUGAACUGCUUCCGCAAGAGAACAAGAAUGUAAGGGAAUGUUAGUUUUGGCCAGCAACCCAAUUUACUCGGUUGCUGGCCCCGAGUUCUUGGUGAAAUUGCUGGUAAAAUAUUGUUCUUGUUUGCAGAACAAUAUGAAAGGGUAGAAGUGGUGCACCUGUGGGUUAUAAAAUGGAGUUCAAAUUCAAA